GCGAUAAGACUUCAGUCUUGCAUGACUUAAAUAACUGCCUGAAGGCAAAUUUUUCAAAAUAUAACCUUGAUACCUUUUAUAUUGCCUAUGUAAGGUCAUGUCAAAGAUUAAAAUGAAUGUGAAAUCAAUUAUCAUUGAUCAAUGAUCAUCAAACAUUUGAGUUACAGAUGGUGGAUAUGAUUUCACAUUAGUCUCUCCUAAUUGCCUAUGAUUUUUUUGUUUUAAGUAAAAUCAUUUAAACAGUACAGAAGCAAAUGAUCCCUAUCAAAUGGACAUUUACAUUCAUUACAGGUGAUACAUGGCCAGUCCACACACCUGCUUCUUUCCCUCAUCAUCAUUAUUUGAUUAUACGGUGCGGUCUCGGUUUCCAACUCUGCCGUUGUGCACCCGAUCCCCCGCUCAAUUAUUCAUCAGGCCUCUCCUGAGUACUCUUCCUUCACCUUAUCUUCAGUAGACCACUGGGAAUUUCAGGCGAAAGGGACCAUGGAGGAUCUUCAGACGGAGCCGGACAAACCCAGGAAGGUACGGUUCAAGCUGGCCUCGUCGUACAGCGGACGGGUGUUGAAGCACGUGUAUGAAGAUGGACAGGAGCUGGAGAGUCCAGAAGAGCAGUACCCUCACAGCUUCAUCCACACACAGAUGGAGAUGGGACAGCUGUGUGGCCUAGAAAACAUGCAGGAGCAAAGUUUGUAUCCUUCUACAGGACUGAUCGCCCAGAGGAUAAACGUCUAUCGAGGUGUGAGUGGUUGCACCCUGGCCUGCGGCGAGGGGCUACCAGAGGGCAAUAAUAAAGGACCAGUAUUAGAUUUCGGAAAGAUCAUCAUCUACACCAGUAACCUGAAGAUUGUCCGUGCUCCACACAAGAGAAGAGAAUGUGGCAGGAGUCCUCACCGCAGCCGGGACAGGAAAGAAAGUUCCCCACGCCGUACGUCACGGAGCAAAGAGAGGAACAGGGCAGCAUGUUCUCAUCCAGAGAAACCAGAUGAAGCACAGACACAAAAGCAGGAAGAAGGCUCCUGUGGACACUGUGGAGGUUCUGGUUGCGCUCCGUGCUCUCUGUGUCACGGCAGUAAACUGUCAAUGUUGGCUAACCGCUUCAAUGAGUCAAUCAGGGAACUGCGCUGUCCGGCGUGCAACCCUCAUGGCCUGGAGCGAUGCCAGUCCUGCUCGCACUAACCUGAACUUCUGCCAGCCAUACUGCACCCAAUGCGAAGUGAAGAUCAGACGCUGUGAGCUGUGAAGGAAAAAGCAUACAGACUUAAGUGCAGUGAGAGUUAAUACAGACACAGACAGUGCCUUAAUGGUCAGGGUGUAAAUGGAUAAGGAGAAAGAAUAAAAAAUGAGUGAGAAAAAGAGAGAAAAGAGAUAAAAUGUAUGAACAGUGUAGACUGCAGGUGCAGGUCAUAUGAGAUUUAUAUGUGAGAUAUGGAUACAGUAUGCCAUUUGUUUUAGGAAUACAAAACUUUUCAAGCACAUUUGAUGGUUUUAUCUUGAUCUAUUUCAGCAGAACUUGAAUUAGAUUCAUGUCUGAAUAGCAGAAUUUUAACCAGCAAACUGAUGAAUAUGCACAGAAGUUGUUAAGUUUUAUGAAACAUCUUUGAUUUUGUAUUACUUCUGAUAGAUUUACAGCCAUUAAAUGUUGCUUUUAAACAAA